UACAACAUUGGUCAUAUCUUCCUUUCAUUUCAUCAUCGAACCAUCAAACAUCCUCAACUUCUCGCCCUUCUUCCCUUCAAACGAAACCAGCUACAUUUCAAACCAGAAACAACAACAAGCAACCAAGCAACCAAUCAAUCAAUCAAACAAACAAUCACAAAGAGUAAAGAUCACACACCUACGCACAAGCUUUCCUUCAGCCAUACUAUUGCCCACAACCUUAUCGGAGUCAAGCGAGAAGGAAGAUGUCAAACGUCAAGGUAGUCUGUCGAUUCCGACCACCCAAUGCGCUCGAGCUGAGAGAGGCCGGAAACGAUCCGAUCGUGAUCAUCAACGAUGAAGGGAAUAGCGUCAAGCUGAAGUCUCAGGAGGGCAUGAAAGGCCCCGAUGCAGCCGGGUUCACAUUCGAUCGUGUCUUCCCCAUGGAUACCAAGCAGGUCGAGGUAUUCGAAUAUGGCGUUAAAGGAAUCGUCGAAGAUGUACUCAGCGGAUACAAUGGUACGGUAUUUGCGUAUGGACAAACUGGAUCAGGGAAGACAUUUACAAUGAUGGGUGCCGAUAUUGAUAGCGGCGAACUGAAGGGUGUAAUUCCCAGAAUAACUGAACACAUCUUUGACUCUAUCAUGUCCAGCCCACACAACAUUGAAUACCUCGUCAAAGUCAGUUACAUGGAAAUUUACAUGGAAAAAAUUCGUGAUCUUCUAGCCCCUCACAACGAUAAUCUACCCAUUCACGAAGAUAAAAGUCGAGGGGUCUAUGUGAAAAACUUGUCAGACUUUUAUGUUGGUAGUGCUCCUGAAGUAUAUGAAAUCAUGAGGCAAGGUGGCGAGGCUCGAAAGGUAUCAUCAACCAUCAUGAACGCCGAAUCAUCUCGAUCACAUUCAAUCUUCGUUAUCACCAUCCAACAAAAAAAUCUUGAAACUGGCACCCAAAAAAGUGGUAACCUGUUCUUAGUCGAUCUGGCUGGUUCGGAAAAAGUUGGAAAGACUGGUGCUAGUGGUCAGACCCUAGAGGAAGCGAAGAAAAUCAAUAAGAGUCUUUCGGCACUUGGUAUGGUCAUCAACGCUCUGACGGACGGUAAAUCGGCUCACAUUCCUUAUCGAGAUUCGAAGCUAACACGUAUUCUACAAGAGUCUCUUGGAGGAAAUUCCCGAACAACAUUGGUCAUCAAUUGUUCGCCAUCGGCCUACAACGAAGCCGAAACACUAUCCACCUUACGUUUUGGUAUGAGAGCCAAAUCGAUCAAGAACAAGGCGAGAGUGAACGCAGAACUGUCAUCAGCCGAACUGAAAGCCUUAUUGAAGAAGGCACAGAGCGACACUGGUCGUCAACUAUCAUACAUCACCCUGCUCGAAGGCGAACUGACGAUAUGGAGAAGUGGUGGACACGUAGAUGAGGCAGACUGGGCGACGAUGGAGAAGGCGCUGGGUGUCAAAUUGAACGUCAACGAGGCUGGGGCUGUCAGUGUGGGUUCGAAUCUACAAGCCAAACCUGGGACGAGUGGGCGAGAGACCCCAAGCACACCUAACAGCGCUCUCGGCCGACCAGGUGCUCUAGCUAGUAAUCCCGCCUUGGAUGCCUUACGUGAGCUCGGCGCCCGUCCUGAGACACCCACUAUAUCUUUGGAGCGGGACGAACGAGAGGAAUUCUUGCGCAGAGAAAACGAGCUUAGUGAUCAGCUGGCUGAAAAGGAAGAAGCCUUGGCAAAACAGGAACGUCGUAUGCAAGAAAUUCAGGAGGAGCUGAGUUUCUUCAAAGAACAGGAGUCGAGUAUGUCUGCCGAGAACAAAGUGAUGGCAGCAGACUUGAACGAACUUCGAUUGCAGGUUGAGAAGCUGACGUACGAGAACAAGGAGGCAGCGAUUCUUGGAGAUGCGACUCGGGAACAAAACAAUGACUUGAGCAACGAGCUCGAGGAAUUGAAGAAGACGAUCGUCGAGCUCAAGGCUGCGCAGAAAUCUCUGAAUGACGAGGGUAAACAACGAAAGAAGGCAGAGAAGAUGGCCCAGUUGAUGGCUGGCUUUGAGUCGACUGCGCUAUCGGAGAAAGAAGACGAGAUUCGAGCGACACUGCAAAAGCUAGAUGAAGCGGCAGAUGUUGACCGACCGUUAUCAGCCGAAGAUCUGAUGUUACUGAAGAGACAAUUAACGGAUUCUCAGAUCCUAGCCAAUGAGUCGAAUGAGCGGGCGAAGAAGUCACAAGAAGAGAUCGAAUUACUGAGUCGACGGAAGGAAGAAUUAGAGAAUAGAUUAUCACUCUUGGAGCAAGAUUACGAAGAUCUACUCGAGCGCGCCUCGGCUGCAGUCGGAGCUGGUGGGAUCAAUACCGGGGAGGAUGUGAAUGAGUUGGAGAGUAUUAAGGCCAAGUUGGACGCCCAAACUGCACUCAAACGAGAGGCUACGUUGGUCGAGAUUACCGACUUGAAACAACAACUUGAUAUCAAGGUGCACGAGAAUCGAAGUCUGAUAGUGACGAUUGACAACUUGAAGAGUGCCAAUGAAGAGUUAAAGCGUGCAUUUGCAGUGACUGCUGCUGGAAUCGAAGGCGGUAAAGAUCUGGCUGAAAGCGCUAAGGAGAUGGAACGGAUUCGGAAAACCAUGGCUAGUCAGUUAUCUGAGUUCGAUGGAAUGAAGAAAAGCUUGAUGCGUGAUCUCCAAAAUCGAUGUGAAAAAGUAAUUGAAUUAGAAAUUUCAUUAGAUGAAACAAGAGAACAAUACAACAACGUCUUACGGAAUUCGAACUCGAAAGCGCAACAGAGGAAGAUGGAAUUCCUGACGCGGAACCUAGACCAACUAACGAAUGUGCAAAAGCAACUAGUGGAGCAGAACAGUAUUCUGAAGAAGGAUGUGGCGAUUGCCGAGCGGAAGCUGUUAGCGCGGAACGACCGGAUCAGUUCCUUAGAGAACAUGCUCAUCGAGGCCCAAGAGAAGCUGAAUUCCCAGAACUCCAAGUUCGAGCUCCAGUUGAAUGCCGUCAGAGAGCGGCUCAAUCAGGCCCGUGCACAGCAAGAUAAGCUCCCCGGCGGCGGCAAUCCCGGCGUCUCCGGCGGCCUCGUCUUUGGUAGAAUCGCUAAACCUUUGAGAGGUAGUGGCGGCCUCGUCCCAAGCAAUGAUCCUGCUUCUACUACUCCUAUCAAUGCUGAAGCAGCUAAACGAACGUCCUGGUUUACGCGCAAAUAAUCCAACCACAUACUUCUGUUUUUUUUUGAACUUCGUUCCCUCAUUUUUUUCUCAUAUAUUCCCUUCCUUCUUUCUUUUUUUACACUUUUUUUCCAUUUUUAGACAACCACCCCUGGCCCUUUUGUCUUCCUUCUUCUCCUUCUUUUUCUUUGACACUUUUGAGAUUUCUAGAUUGAUAGAUUAGUAUAGCUGUAUUUUUUUCUUCUUCCAUUCAUUCAUUCAUUUUUAUAUCUUAUCAUCUCCAUUUUUUUUUUUAGUUCUAUGUUUCAAGUGUGGAUGGUGUGUGUGGAUGAUGUGGGUAGAUGAAGUGUGUGUGAAGGAAGGUUUUGCUGUUUUCUUUUUCUCAUUUUGGUUUCCUCUUUGGUUUUGAGUCUAAUUUCCUGUUUUCCUUGUUUAUAUAUAUAAAAAUUUGACUUUCUUUUCAAAGUCCUGUUGACAUCACACAAUAUUGUCUUUCUUUUUUCUAUACAUACUUUUUUUUAUAAAUAUGUUUUGUAUAUACACAGUUUGCAUAUAGUACAGUUUGAUCCAAUCAAUCCAUAAACUCGAUCACUUUUUUUUUUCCUUUUUCUUACAGAUUUUCGUUCUGGAAUCAUUUCUUUUUUUUGGUCACCUCAUCUUAGACAAAACAAGAAACCAGGUUUGCACGGAUUCUUGGUAGUGUUUUUACAGUUUUGUGUCCUUGACUGAUUUUGGGGGCUGAUGAUGUAUGUUGGUUGCUCAUCUGAUGAUCUUCUCAUAUGAAAUGAAACAAGUCAU